AUGUCAUCAACUCUAGUUGAAACUGUGUCCAUCAAUUAUGAAGAUUUUAGUGAUAGUUUCUUAACAUGUGGCACAUGCUUGUCAGUCUACAACAAUGAAGAAAGAACACCUAAGUUAUUAUGCUGCUCACACACUGUCUGUCUCAGUUGCUUGGAGCACAUAGUCGCUGCUCAAGGUGAAAAUUCAACGAACUUCAGAUGUCCCAUAUGUAGGGAAACCAUUCCUAUACCAAGAGGUGGAGUUAAUUCUUUUCCUCCGAGUUUCAUCGUCAAUCAGUUGCUUGAUUUAAUGGGAAGACAAAGAAGAGAUGUCAUUCCAAAAUGUUCACGACAUCCGCAAUCGGAACUAAUGUUCUGUGAAACUUGUGAUGUUGUUUUUUGUACUGAUUGUACUGAAGGUUCACACAGCAUUGGUGGUGCUAGUGCCCACACCGUUAUUCCUUUUUCCAUUGCAAUCAAAAGAAUGUCUGAAAUACUUUUAUACAAGGCUGGACUUUGCAUUAAAAACCUUGAUGAUGCUCGUGAUGUGGUUAGUCAGGAAAUUGAACGACUUGAUGCAGCUCAUGAUAAAUGUGUGGAUUCUAUAUCUAAAGCUUUUCAAAAUAUUGCUGAUAUGGUGGAAUCUAGAAAGCAAGAAGUUUUAAAACUUACUAAAAAAGUUAGAGAUGAGAAAAAAAAAUCUCUUUUAGAACAGUUAGAUCUCAUUCAGUCAGAAAAAUGUAAAGUUCAAAAUAACUGCCAGGGCUUGCAGCAUCAAGUUGACGUACGAAAUAUAACUUCAAAGAUAGGAGAUCUUAACGAAAAACUUGAUAUUUCUGCAACAUUAAUGGAACCACGUGAAAAUGCUUUUAUGCAUUUUGAUUAUCAGCAUAAUUCCAGCAGCAAUUCAUUGAAAACUUCGUUGAAUCAGUUUGGCAGAAUAUCUGUUAGUAAAACAUUCCCAGCUUUAUGUUCUGCUAGCAUUGAAAAAAAUGCUUCUAUUCGUUUAAAUUAUAAUAUUUCGAUAUCUACUGUUGAUUACCAUGGCAACAUUAGAACAUCCGGGGGUGAUCCUGUUGAAAUAAAGUUAAUUGAUCCAAAGGGAAAGAUUACACAUGCUGACGUUGAUGAUAAUGAAGAUGGAACGUAUUCAUCUAAUUACAGCUUUAUUAUAAGCGGUCCCCACAAGUUACACAUUUACAUAUUUAAUCGCCCAAUAAAAGACAGCCCAUUUUCAAUAAAUGUUUCAGAGCAUAUCGAUCCAGUUGUUCGUUUUGGAAGCCCUGGUUCCGGUUUUUCACAUUUCAAACAGCCCGUGGCAAUUUUUAUAACUGGCGAUCAAUUUAUUUAUAUACUUGAUACUGGUAACAGUCGUAUAAAAAUCACUGACAAGAAUUUAUCUGCUGUAGAAGGAAUUAUAACUGGCAGAGGACUUGAGCAACACAGCGCAACUGGUAUGUGUUUACUGCAGUCAUUAAGCUAUGUUGUUAUUGCAAAUUGGCGCACAAAACAAAUCACUAUCCUUGGUCUUGAUGGAACUUUUAUAUGUCAGUUUACGAAUGAACAUUUCGUUGAACCCAUAUCUGUUGCAGCUACUUCAAGAGAUGAAAUUGUUGUAGCUGAUAAUGGUUUAGGAAAAAUAUUCGUAUUUGAUUGUAAUGGAAAGUUGCUACAAAGUUUCGGCUGCAAAGGAAGUCAACCAGGUCAAUUUAAACUCAUCACUUCUAUUUAUGUCGUACCUUCUUCCAAUGAUAUAAUUGUUUGUGACAACAGGCUGCAAGUGUUUACAAAUUCAGGUUUGUACAAACAUGAACUAUCUGGUGACACCUCAUCUAAAGGAAGUUUUGGAGGAGUGUGUUUCGAUGGCUUAGGAAAGUUUCUCGCAACAAAACUGGAGAAGGGCAGAUGUGUCAUUCAAGUUUUUGACGCUCUUUCCCAUAAUUUUCUGUACGAAAUCGAUAGUUUCAAUGAUAAGUUAAAAAGACCUUGUGGCCUGACUGUAAGUUCUGACGGCUUUGUGUACGUGGUUGACCUCGGUAAUGAUUGCGUAAAAAAAUACAGAUAUGUAUAA